AUGACGAAUACGUCACAAGAGGCUCUGCAGAGCAGGGCAAUGGAGGAGUCCCAGACUGAACUCAGCAGCAAGUGGGAGCAGAUCGGAAUUAUUGGUGGAACUGGCCUGGAUGAUCCAGAUAUCUUAGAAGUAAGAACAGAAAAAUAUGUUGAUACUCCUUACGGCAAGCCAUCAGAUGCUUUGAUAUUGGGAAAGAUUAAAAAUGUGGACUGUGUGCUGCUGGCAAGACACGGAAGACAUCAUACAAUUAUGCCAUCAAAUGUUAAUUACCGUGCCAAUAUCUGGGCAUUAAAAGAAGAAAAUUGUUCACAUGUUUUAGUGAGUACUGCCUGUGGUUCAUUACGAGAGGAAAUACAACCUGGUGAUCUUGUCAUAAUUGACCAAUUCAUUGACAGGUGA